CACAAAACAGUUCAUUUGAACUUCUCAGCUGGUAGUUUUCAGGUGUUAUCCAGUUUCCAAAGGCAUUUACGUAAAAUUUCCUUAUUUAUAAGAUAAAACAUACACAGUAAAUAUUCACAGCCAUGUCUCGACAAAUGCAACGACUUUUUACAGCCUGCAGGAGACAAGCAUUUAGUCAAAGUGAAUUAUCCAAUGGCCUGCUCAAGCAAAACAUUGUUAGGCAACAACGUCGUUUGGUUGCUAGCGACCCGGUAAAAGGCAAGGGACCCAUAACAUGGAAAAGUGCCGCCGCUAUUGGUGGUCUAGGAGCUGUUGGUGUUGCCUUUAUGUUAUAUGUGAAACAUGAAAAAGAAGAGGCAAUUUUAAAGGAACGCAAAAGGCAGUUGGGAAAGGCUGCCAUUGGUGGUCGCUGGGAACUCGUUGAUCCCAAAGGCAAUCUACGUAAAUCAGAAGAUUUUCUGGGUAAAUGGUUGUUGAUUUAUUUCGGCUUUACCCACUGUCCUGAUAUUUGCCCAGAUGAAUUGGAGAAGAUGUCGGCUGUUGUUGAUGAAAUUGAAAAAUCUCCCCAAAAUCCUGAAAUCCAACCCAUAUUUAUAACAGUUGAUCCGGAACGUGACACCAAAGAAGUCGUGGACAAAUAUGUAAAGGAGUUUUCACCCAAGUUGUUGGGCCUAACUGGCACUGUUGAACAGAUCAGUAAAGUAUGCAAAGCUUUUAGGGUAUACUUUUCUGCUGGUCCCAGAGAUCAGGACAACGAUUACAUUGUGGAUCACACGAUUAUUAUGUACCUUGUAAACCCUGAUGGUGAAUUUGUUGAUUAUUAUGGACAGAAUCGUGACAAAGAUCAGUGUGUGAAUUCGAUCUUAAUGAACAUUGCCAAAUGGAAUUCUUUAAAUAAAAAAUCAUGGUUUGGUUAAGUAAAAUGCAAUGGCCACAUUUGCACAAUAUAAAUUGUGUACAAAUUUUGUUA